AUGGCCGCUGGCGACGCGUCGGGAGAAUGGGAGCUACCAAGAGUCCGAUCAUCUCUCUUCUUCGAGGAUGACUUCAAGCACAUUACCGACGAUGUAGGCGGAGACACAGAGUUCUUUGACGUCAAAUUCUACCCCUGGAACCCACAAGGUUCACCCGAGAUCUUUGCGGCUGCUAGCAAGAAGCAUGUCAUCGUUGUUCGUCUUCAACAUACAGUCCAGCAGAACAAGAAUCCAUGUGAGAUUAUCAGGGUCAUCAGAGACGACGAUCACGAUGCUCUAGACUACUCUUGCACGUGGAGUCGAGAUGCCAAAACAGAAGCCCCUUUGCUUUGCAUUGGAGGCAGAGGCAACAACGUCAAGGUUUACGACGUGAUCAAGGGAACGCUUGCUCUUACGCUUGCUGGACAUGGUGAUGGGAUCAUCGAUUUGAUAACUUCGCCAGCGAAUCCGUUGAUCAUUGCAUCAGCCUCCGAUGAUACUACUACGCGCAUCUGGAGCCUGGACCCGGUUCAUUCUGCGCAGCCAUGCGUGGGCAUUUUAGGCGGAGAGAACCAUUCGUGGUAUCUGCUCAGUAUUGCCUUCCACCAAACAGGCAGGUAUAUUCUAUCUGCAGGCCAUGACAGAGUUAUCAGCAUGUGGGCCUUGCCCGAUUUUCCUAAUCAACAUAUGGAACGACCUAUCGUCAUCUACUACCCGCACUUUUUGACCAACGAAAUACACCCUAACCUAAUAGACUGUGUCUCUUUCUACGGUGACAAUGUCCUCUCGCGAGCCUGUCACGAGGACUGUAUCGUCAUGUGGCGGAUCGAGGGCUUCAGUUCGCACGACCCGCCACCGGCGGCCCUGGACGCACCUACUAAUUACGACCCGAGCCAGCUGACGCGGUCGUCCUUUGUCCGCCAGACCGACACCAAAUCCUGCCCGCGUCCGUACACCCGCCUCAUGACCUUCCAUACCAAAGGAUGCGGGGUGCAGUUCUACAUGCGCUUCAGCAUGCUUCAGCGCAAGGGCAUGCACCCGGUCCUGGCGUUCGGUAAUGCCGGCUCCAAGAUCAUGUUUUGGGACAUGGCAAGGUUCACGGCGUAUGCGGACUACAUACAGGAGCUCAAAAAGUGGGACAAGGAGGGUGGCGAGGAACCCAAACGACCGAGCUGGCUGGAGCCCCGACGACAGCAGCGUAAGAAGCCCACCGUCGCGGUCGUAGAACGCCCCAUCAGCAAGCUGAGGACCGAAACCUCGAGCAGCGGACGCGAGCUGAGACGCGAGCCGACAACGAGCAGGGCUGCAUCGAGCACUCGCUCGACGCCCGCCGAGACGGCGCCUUCAGUCACUUCAUCCAAGGAGCUUGCCAGCAGGGAGAUCAUGGGACCCGAGGCGAGAACCGGCUGGGAAGAGAAAUACGGCAUCUCGGAUCCCAACGAACCGAUAAAGCCGCACAAGGUUGAGUCGUUUAGUGCGUCAGCUGUUUUGGCGAGGCAGGUUGCAUGGAGCAUGGACGGUGCCUGGUGUGUUGUCGCUGGGAGUAAGAACUCGGUCGUCAUUUUGGAGCGCUGGAACCCAUACAAGAAAGAUACGACACCAGUCCCAAAGAGCAGUCAUAGAUAG